AUGACAGAACCAGCCAGGCUUUCUGCAGGUGCAGAGCAGAUGGAGGAACAAGAGAGUGCUGCAAUGCAGUUGAUGAAGCAUGAAAAGGAAGCUGGGGUUCCUUCUAAUGAACUUUCUUCAGCAAAUGCAGCCACUGACCAGAAAGGGCAGCCUGCAUCAGAAAUAAGAAGCAGCUACGGGUACCAUAGUACAGCGAGACCUGAAAACUCAGAUAUGAGUAAAUCACUCAUGACAGAUCACGAUGCAUCUAGAAACUCUGAGCUCAAUCUACCUGUGUAUGGUAGUUGUUCAGCAAUGGAGUCAUCUGAGGACAGUGAGGAGGACAUGUAUCGUGAUGCAGAGGAAAUAGAGAGAGAGAAAAUACUACUUUGUGAGACAAGCUCUUCAGAAUAUAAACUAAGUGUUGCACCUGAAAUGGACAUCAUGGAGUAUUGCAGAAAAGAAUGGAGAGGAGACACACCAGUAGCAAAAAGAAUGAGAAAGGGAUAUGAAGCAGUUGCUCAGAAGUUUGCAUCUAUAAGGAGGGUACGAGGUGAUAACUAUUGUGCUCUCAGAGCAACUCUGUUCCAGGCACUAAGCCAAGCUACCAAGUUACCAAGCUGGAUGGAGAUUGAGGAUUUUACUAUGCUUCCUGAAAAAUUAAUAAGCAAAUAUAACUGGAUCCAACAAUGGCAGCUCAAACAGAAACUGGGCAGGAAGAUGGGAGAAAUAAGUGAUGAAAUUAAAGAAUAUUUAAUCCUUCUAAGGAAAAAGUGGAAGAGUAUAAGUGAAAUCAAGGGUUCCAUUGAGAAACAAACAGCUUGUGAAAAACUGUUUAAAAAUGAAGAGGAGGAGUAUAGUCUCUAUGAAGCGCUGAAAUUUUUGAUGCUUAACACUGCCAUUGAAUUAUACAAUGAUGAUAAAAAUGGAAGGAGAGUUCCUGUCUUCUCAUGGUUACUGUUUGCACGGGAUACAUCUAGCAACCCUUGUCAGUUAAUGCAUAAUCACUUGAAUCAUAUUGGUCACAAUGGAGGCCUCGAACAAGUGGAAAUGUUUCUCCUUGCUUACACUCUGCAGUAUACUAUCCAGGUGUAUCGACUGUAUAAAUACAGUACUGAUGAAUUCAUCACACUUUAUCCCAAUGACCCAGAGGAGGACUGGCCUGUGGUGAUUCUCAUAACAGAAGAUGACAGACAUUAUAAUAUUCCAGUCAGAAUGUACCAAGAGACUAGGCUGUGAACAAGUUAUUUUUGGCAGACAAACCUGUGCUGCUUAUUGAGAUUUCCAGUGCUGUUUGGAAACAUGAUGAUGAUGAAAUCCACAUGAUAAAAUCUACAACUUCAAAUCCGU